UGUUUCAAUGUGUAUCAUUGCACGGUCGUGUGUGAGAGUAUAAGGAUGCACUUUGACGAACUGCUUGGGGUGCUAGGAGAAUUUGGUCCCUACCAGAAAUAUGUCUAUUUCCUUGUGUGCCUCCCUUCCAUCAUUGCAGCCUUCCACAUGGUCAAUUCUGUGUUUCUGCUGGGAAUUCCAAAACACAGAUGCAAAUUACCGAAUUACCCGAACGAUACCUAUCUCAGCCAGGGGCCAGAACACGAUGACUUGAUAAAGGCCUACAUACCUACAGAGCUUGACGCAGACAACGAGAUGGUGAACAAAAAAUGCAAAAUUUUCUCCAUUCCUGUUUUAGGCAACGCUACUACAGGCAUCCAAGAGAGUUGCAGUUCUUGGGUUUACGACAAAUCUGUUUAUGAUAGCACUUUUGCAUCUGAGCAAGAUUUGAUAUGUGACAAGCAACUAUGGGCAUCUAACGCCAAAAUGGUCUUCUUUGCUGGUGUCUUCUUCGGUGCCCUGGGUCUGGGAGCUCUUGCUGACAAGAUUGGAAGAAAAAAGACCUUGAUUUUAUCAAUACUGGUACUACUGGCUUCCAGUCUAGCUGUGUCAUGGGUAGCUAACUACUAUCUGUUCUGUGUUUUACGGUUCGUUGUUGGAUUUUCCUGUGCAGGGACGUUCAUGUCGGCUUUUGUGUUAGGGGUAGAGAUAGUUGGUCCCUCUAAGCGGCUGUGGGCUGGAGUUGUCAUUGAAUACUUCUUUGCCCUAGGACUGGUUAUCCUCUGUCUUAUAGGAUAUCUCAUCAGAGACUGGAAGUAUAAUGAGAUAGCAGUGUCAGUUCCUGCAGCACUUCUGCUGAGUUAUUGGUGGUUAUUACCAGAGUCCCCGCGAUGGUUGGUCAACCGUGGAAAAUUUGAGGAGGCUAAAGUCGUAAUUCGCAAAAUAGCCAAACGGAAUAAGGUACAAGUCACAGAGAAGCAACUGGACUCCCUAGAAUGUGACGAAACAGCGGAAGGACAGUUAUGGCAUUUGUUUACAUCCAGGGUUCUGUUUGUCAGAACGAUCAUUAUUUUCUUGAAUUGGUGCGUUGUUAGUAUGGUAUACUACGGCCUGUCCCUUAAUUCCGGGAACCUUGCCGGUGACUUUUACCUGAACUUUUUUCUGACCGGUUUGGUAGAAUUUCCGGCCUAUACUCUUUGUUUAGUGCUAUUGGAUCGUAUUGGAAGAAAGAAAUUGCAUUGCGCGUGCAUGGUGCUAGGAGGACUGGCUUGUAUUUGCACCAUUUUUACCGUUUUAUACAUUGGCAAAAGUCAUCAGAUGUAUACGACAGUGAUUCUGGCAAUGAUCGGUAAGAUAGGGGCUGCUGCAGCUUUUGCCGUAAUUUAUGUCUGGUCAGCGGAACUAUACCCCACAGUAGUUCGAAACGUGGCCAUGGGUGCCAGCUCGUCCUGUGCGCGUAUUGGCGGGAUGGUGUCCCCCUACAUAGCAGACCUCAGUUUGUUAGUUGAUGGUCACUUUGGACAAGCACUUCCUCUAGUCGUCUUUGGAGUAGCUUCCAUAAUUGCCGGACUGUUUUCCCUUAUUUUACCGGAAACACUAGGAGCCAAUUUACCAGAAACCAUUCAAGAUGGCAAAGAUUUUCCUAAACCAAAGCGGGCAAAAAAUUACGAGGCAGACAGGUCUUCAAAUGCUUACAGGAACGAUGGGUUUACUGUCGAUAUGACAAAAUUCUAAAUUAAUAAGACAUUAAACAUGUUGAACUCAUUCAUAAGGCCAUGUUUUCAUCUAGUCUGCGUUUUCACUGACUUGUGCAUUAUCUAAAACAAUUUCAUGGGUAUCUAUCAAGUCUACAUUAAAGUUUUUAAGUUUAACUGUACAAUUGCUUCAGUCUAUUAGUAGUUGUAAUUGUAAAGAAUGUUUUAAACGAACGAGAAACAAAUAUUCUACAUUUCAUUUUUAUAUGUAAAAGUGAGGAACACAACGCAAAUCAAUAAGGCUGUUUUUUCCCAUAUUUUUAAUAUUUAAUUUGAAUGUGAUAUUCAAAACAUGUACAUGUAAAAGAAACAUAAUACGGUAUAUGUAGGACAUACAUGUACAUGUACACGUUCAAUUAAACUCAAGAGUCAAAAUUUCAUUUUCUUUCAUCGAUUUUUUGUCUGGAAUAUUUACCAUAAUGGUGUAUAUCAUUUUAUAUUAAGAUAUUAAUACAAUGUUCACAUAAUAUAUAGAUUUAUAUAAUUCAAUGCAUACCGGGAUAUUUAUAUGUAGGAAGACAGGUUGUGAUACAUUUCCUGCCCAAAUGUAAUAUAAAUUUUAAUUUGUAUUGAAUAUAAGGGUACUUAACACAAACAAAAAUUUGAUGCAUGGAUUGAUAUAUAUUUUUUGACUGAUUUUGAUUUGAAUGACAUAAAUAAUAAAUCCCUGAAGUAUAAAGAAAUCGUAGGUUUUCCUUGAUGCUAAGAUAUGAGACUUUAUUUGCUUUCUAUAUACAUGUAAUUCCAUACAAAAUAUUCCACAAAUUUUUACCCUUAUGACAAAAUCUUAUAAAAUUCUCUCAGUGUACUUAGUACACAUUGUUCAGGUUACCACUUUCAAUGUAAAUCUAUGAGAAAUAUUGCUGAUUUCUGAUUAAAGUUUGUGUUAUUUAUCCUUAAUACGUUUAAUUAUUGUGAGAGUCCCUCCCUAAACAUAUCCAUGAUUAUGCAAUACAUGUAUGUAUAAAAUAGCACUUGC